GGGACGCUCCGGGAUCCGCGGGGCACAGGCAGCGGUGGGAGGAGCCGGCGAGUGUCAGCAGCGGACCGCUGGAAGGAAGCGAGCUGCAUGUUUCACGUUUAACCACAUCCGCGGCUGAAGCAGCAACGCAGAUUCGCUCAGUCGGACACCAAGCCGUGUUGCUGGAGUUCCCCUCCAUUUUGGGAGAGGCAGGCAGGCAGGCAGGCAGGCGGGCGGGCAGGCAGCCGGCCGGGGAGCUGCAGGCUGUCACCGAUGGCGUUCAGUCCGUGGCAGAUCCUGUCUCCCAUCCAGUGGGCGAAGUGGACCUGGACAGCAGUGCGGGGCGGUGCUGGGGAGGAUGGGGAGGACCAGGAGCAGGAACCCAGUGAUGGGGGCGACGCGGAGCCCGCCGUGAGGAGGGGUAGUUUCAGUUCUGACUCUGACACCAAUUUUGAGACGCCUGUUGCUGAUACACCUGCCCUAGGACCCUUGGACCUCUCUGAAAGUGAACUGACCCUCAAACAGACUGACGCUGGGUUGCAGACUGAAGACGAGCACUUAUCAUCGGGAGCCCGUCCACCUGCAGAGGGGCAAGCAGCAAGUGGCCCGUCACCAGAGGCAGCCCCAGUCCACUGUGACGUUCCACCGGACACCGCGGGCACCACCAGCACCCCUGGAGGGUCUCCGUCCCCGGAGAGCUCGGCAAGGAGCAAGGAGCUUGCCUCUGAAGGUCAGGCGGGCAGCGAGGCUCCGCCGUUUUCGGCGGUAACCCGGUGCACGCCAACGGGUGUGGGUCCACAAGAAGGAGGCAUGACUGUUCCUGAGGCAGCACCAUCCACAAAGGAACAGGCAGAAGAAUGCUUGAAGGUCUCAGGCAGCAAGACCAAACAUAAAAAGGCCCCCCCUCCAUCGCUGGAGCUGGGGGCAGUGGGUGACAGCGAAGCCAUGCCAAAGCCAAGGUCAUCCUACAGCUUUGACCCUAACAACUUCGACGACAGCAUCAACCCUUUCACCUCAGGGGGUUGCAGGCUGCAGGACUCUCCUCCAGCCCAUGGUCACACCCUGGAGGCAGAGGGUGAGGAGGGGACGGAGCCGCAGGCAGACAGCAAUGGGGCGGUGCUGAAGCUGGCUUUCGACUUCUCCGAGGACAAGGAGAACGCCGAGACCCAGGUGCCCGUAGCCAAGAAGGCAGGCAGGAAGUCUGGUGGCCGGGGCGGGAAGAAGCAGAGACCGACCGCGCUCAAGCCGGCCCCUCCUGUAGAAAAGGACGAAGCCUCACACGUCGCCAAUUCUGAUGACAUUCCCAUUCCCAAAAAAUCUUACAACUUGGAUUCAGUCCAGUGGGAUGACCCCAACUUCAACCCCUUCGGCAGCGGCUCCGGUCUGCGGAAUUCACCCACUGCACCGAAAGGGACGUACGGGUUUGACCCCGAGCGGUUCGAGGACGUAGCCGACCCUUUCAAGCCCUCGAAAAGUCUGGCCCUCGUGGACGAGCCCCCCUCCUCUGUGAAGCCGGAGACCAGGGAGACUGAGCCAGAGGCCCUUGAGGUGGCUGGCGAGGAGGAUGUAACAAAGGCGUCACCAAGGAAGCCCAAGCCUCGAGUGAUAACGACCAUUGAACAAAUGAGGUUUCUCUGUUUUCUGAUGAAUGCUUGCCGGGUGAAGAAAUAUGAAAACCAGUCUCUGGUGUUGGAUGUGUGCCCACAGGAUGGUGAGCCCCUCGAAGCAUCCUGCAUUGGGGAUAUGGCCCACAGGGAGGGCCACGCCACCGAUGAGGAGAAGCUGGCCUCCACAUCGGUGAGUCAGAAGCAUGGCAGCACAGAGGGCAAGGCCGAGGUGGAGGAGGACGCCGAGUACUUUGAAUGCUCCAGUCUCCCGGCCAACCCUGUAAAACCGGAGCCCGCGGCCCCGGAGGAAGAUUUGAAUAAAUCAAAAGAACUGGACCACUUGGAGCAACAUGCCUCAACAGCACACACCUCUGCGGCCGAGAUGAACAGUAGUGAGAGCAUCCUGUCCUUCAAGGCGCUCCUGAGUGAGAUGGAAGGCUCCGUGGGCAAUGAGCUGAGCAACCUCCAGGCUGACAAGACAGCGGUGCUGAGUUUAAUCAGAGAAGAGAUUAUUGGCAAGGAGCAAGAAGUUAUGGAGUGGAAACAAAAGUACGAAGCCAGUCAACAAGAAGUCAUUGAAAUGAGGAAGAUUGUUGCCGAGUAUGAGAAGACCGUUGCUCAGAUGAUAGAUGAUGAGCAGAAGAACAAAAUGGCCUCCCAGACAUCCAUGCACCAGCUGAUCGCGGAGAAGGACCAGGCGCUGGCAGAUCUCAACUCGGUGGAGAGGUCCUUAUCCGACCUCUUCCGGAGAUAUGAGAACAUGAAAGGUGUUCUGGAAGGAUUCAAGAAGAAUGAAGAAGUGUUGAAGAAAUGUGCUCAGGAUUACUUGGCGAGGGUGAAACAGGAGGAACAACGGUAUCAAGCCCUCAAACUCCACGCUGAGGAGAAGCUAGACAAGGCUAACGAGGAGAUUGCUCAGGUGCGUGCCAAGGCUCACGCAGAGGGAGUGGCCAUGCAAGCCAGCCUUCGGAAGGAGCAGAUGAAAGUGGAUUCCAUGGAGAGGACGAUUCAGCAGAAGAACCAAGAGAUUGAAGAGCUGACCAAGAUCUGUGACGAGCUGAUUGCCAAGCUGGGGAGAACGGACUGAAGCUUGGUCUUUCCAAAACACUGGAUCCUGUGCACGACACGGACGCAGCUUCUUCUAGACCUUCCUCCCUCAAGCACGCUGCCUUACUUAGAACCAGAACCCAACAACCAUGCAUCUGACCCUUAAACUAGCAACGCCCAAUAGUCCGCAGAGCACAUGUGGCCGCUGGAUCGUCUUUGUGUAAUGUUGACUACACAAGCAAAAGAGAUUAUCAAAACCUUCCUGAGGUGGCAGGCACCCAAUUUCUCUGAAGUGUAAUUUGCUCUGCCAGUGCCAUCUUCCAAUUUUCCUCUCAGCCCAAUGAGAUCAUCUCCUUAAAGGUGCCAUCCAGUACGCGUGUACAAUCAUGACGAGCACUGAUGAGGCAUUUCAGAUCCGGGUUAUAGAUUAGCUGAGCUCUGAAGAGCAAGGGAGUAUGGAUGCAUUGCAAAACACUUUCCAUCAGUUAGGUGAAGGCACUUGCUUAACACCAGGCUUCUCACCAUUUUGAUUCUCAGGGUUUAGAGAGCCUGAGGUCUAAGAUACAGGCUCACAGUGUGACCACACAUUGACACUUUAAUGGCUCUUCUGAAGGUAGAAGCAAUUCUUCACUUGGUACAUCACAAGCAUUGUGGUUUCAAGGGGCCAGCAGUAUGGUCUUAAUUUGAGCGCACAAAACUCACUGUACACUGAACACGGUAUAUUUAAAUGUUAAUUAGCGGAUGCAUCAAGCCCUGAAACGGACAGGAAAAUGCAGAGGCUCGCGUUCUUAGUGGAGGCUCCAGCAUUUAAUCACAAGCCCAACCACUCCAGCAACAGCACACGUUACCACAUCCAACCAUUGCCUUCCCUGCAGUUGACGCAUGGCAAGUCAGUGAUUUAAUGUGCCUGCAUCAGUAUUUUCUUUUUUUGACAUUGUGUUAGUGCCUGUGCAAAAUAGGGUGUUGGUGAUUUGACUGUGUCCAUCCUACUUGUGACUUGGCUGGGACCUCACUCCACCCUGCCACUUUUAAUGGUUUCUCCUCUGCCUUGCUCGCUUUCUGCUGCUUCACCCAUUGAGAACCUUCACCCGCAUAAUUUUUAUACACAGAUAUAUUUGUCUUUUAUAUGUUAUAGUUCAAUAUAAAAAUUUUUAAAGUUGUAACUACAAAGUAAGAAUCCGAAAAGAUAUUAUAAGAUUUUAAUUCCAUGUACUAAUAUAUUUUUUUCCAUUGUCAUUGCCUGAAUAAAAUGAAAGGUGAGAUUCACCUUGAGCAGUU